AUGGUCUUUCAAUUGAUGGCAACGCAUCCAUCGACUGCGAGAAUGGCUUUGCAAUGGCAGAGAGCCAAUUUGUUUCAAACAUGGACGAAAAACAGCUCAAGGAAUUCAACAACUCGAUACUAUGAACUUCUUGCUGUAUGGAAGAGAAACUAUGCACGGAUGUACGCUCGUCGGGUGCUGGAGAUAGCAGCGGCAUCCGCUGCAUCCUAUCGCCUCAAGACACAGAUGGAGGCAGCGAUCGAACAACCUUCUGAGUGGGUGGACUGGCAAAAGAAAGAUUGGGAAGAGACCGCUAUGGCAACGCUUGGAAAGACCAAACUUUCCCGCUUCUGGAUGGCAUCGCGACGAUUGAUAAAUCUUGCCUUGUUGUCCAGUCCUCUGUUGGUGUUGAUGCCCCUUUCCCAUGUCAGUACUACUGCAAAGGAUGUUACCUGGAGGUAUGCCCUCUGGGGAAUCGAACAGGCCGGCCCUACUUGGAUCAAACUAGUGCAAUGGGCAUCAACAAGACACGAUUUGUUUUCACCUGAAUUCUGCGUCUACUUCGGAAAGCUUCGUGAUGAAACCGAAGGACACUCUUGGAAAGAAACAAAGCGAAUAUUGGAGGAAGAGUUUGGAGCAGCCCAAGACGUGAUAGAAAUGGAAACGACUCCUAUUGGUAGUGGUUGUAUUGCACAGGUUUAUCGUGGCCGAUUGAAGAAGCCCACCGCCUUGUAUCCUGCCAACACAAAGAUUGCCAUCAAAGUGCAGCAUCCAGGCAUCUGGACUAAAGUGUGUGUAGAUUUUUACUUGCUUCACAAGGUAACAAGUUUUCUGGAGGGUAUCCCAAGGCUCAGUCUACAAUAUCUCAGCUUGGGCGAUACCAUUCGCCAAUUCCGAAACAGCAUGUUGCCGCAGUUGGACCUCACCCUCGAGGCUUCUCAUCUGACAAGGUUCAACAAGAACUUUGCUAAUGAUGAACAAGUGGGCUUUCCUGAACCAGUCAACGAUCUAACGUCGCGCCAUGUACUAGUCGAAACUUUUUGCGAAGGAACGCCUAUCAUGGAGUACACAAAGCCGGGAACACCAAAGCAAGAACGAGAACAACUUGCGAUGCUUGGCCUGAAGACCACUUUGAAAAUGAUUUUUUUGCAUGAUUUUGUCCACGGUGAUCUCCACCCAGGCAACAUUCUGGUAACUGGCAAGUACCCGAAGCUAAAGAUGCAAUUGCUAGAUUGUGGAUUGGUUUUGGAAAUGGGUCCAGAGCAGCAUGUGAACUUGGUAAAGAUUUUGGGAGCCUUUACACGCAAAAAUGGGAAACUAGCUGGGGAACUACUGGUAGAUUUGAAAUCCGAUUCUCAAGCAGGACCGAAGGAAAUGGAUGUUUUCAUUCGCGGAAUGGUGGAAAUUUGCAAAAUGGAUGAUGAUUCAAACUUUAUCGAAAAGGUUGGAGACUAUAUUGCGGACAUUUGUUACUUGGCUUGCUCAAACAGAGUAAAGCUUGAAGGAGCGUUUGUCAACGCUUCGUUGGCUGUUGAAAUCAUGGAGGGUCUAGCUAGUGCUCUUUAUCCUGAUAUGCGUGUUCAACAAGUGGCCUUGCCUCUAAUUGUACAAGCUGAAGUGAUGCAUCGAUUGGGAAUGCACUAG